AUGUUUUCAUUGAAGCCACAUCAAAGUGGCAUGGAUAAUAAAUAUUUGAAUCAAAUAAUAACCAAGUUGCCAAUUGAGAUUAUAAUAGAAAUUUGUAAAGGUGUUUCACCAUACGAUUUAUACAAUUUAUCAACCGCAUGUAAAUAUUUUCGUAAUUUAUUGUGGUCAAAAUCUGAUGCAACCCAAAUAAUUUGGAAAAAAUCUAGAAUUAGUUUUUUGAAAUAUCCAGAGUUGGAUCCACCAUUCGGCUUAACUGAGCAAAAAUACAUUUGGUUGACUUUAUUAGCAGAUAAAUGUCAAUUUUGUGGUGGAUCUUACGAAAAAUUUUAUUACGAGAUUUGGCCUUCGAUGAUUAUUUGUUGUGGAAACUGUUUUGGCGAAAAAACUAUACAAUUAUCGUGA